AUAUACUUUUUCUGACAUCUUCUGACAUCGGUUUGUUAAUUUUCUAAAAAGCGUGACGGUAAGUGGCGCCCUCUGUAACCGUCCGAGCGAGGAAAAGCUGUUGGUCACGAUGGAUUUCAAACUUAUCUCGCAUCUUGGCCUCUCUAACCCUUCCCGCUGUGACUCGGCAUCAACCAGGCUUUAUUUCGUAAGUCGGGUAGACAGGGUACCCACACGACGCCGCGGCGCUGCUGGAAUGCUGGGAACUGGGUUGGGUAUAGGUCAAGGUCGCUGGACAGUGUGACGUAGUGAUGCAGUCUGACCAAUGACGUAGUCCCGGCGACACACCAUCCUCCUCUCUUCCAGUUCGUUUCUAACCACAAAAAGGAAAUAAUGGUAUCAGCAGGGUGGAGAGGGGACCGGGUGGGGUACAGCAAUGGGGUUAGAGUUACCUGCCCGGGGACUCCAUCAUUGCCUCACGAGGGAAGGAUUUGUCUUCCACCCAUGUCCAGUUUCUCUUAGGAUUAUGUCACGUGACUUCAGAUCCUUGAGCAUGUUGACGGCCCCCCACGUCCCUGACUUCAAACAAAACUCAGUUCCUCCAGUUGCUACGAGUCUGAGGGGUUCGUUGUCUGUACUUUUGCUGUUUGUAUUCUCGAUAUUUCGUCAGAUCCCUUGGCCCGUCAUGGUGUCACGCGAUGGUCUCGGGUGGCUGCUGACGUCAUGGGUAUUGUCAACGACCAUCCUCGCACAGCCCUAUGACUGCCCGCUAGGGUGGACAUCAUUCGAAGACCACUGUUACCAUUUUGUCUUCUACCCGACACAAACGUACCACGCAGCCACGGCCACCUGUGAGCAAGAUGGCGCCUAUCUACUGAGUGUCAACAGCGAGGCUGAACACACUUUCAUUUCCCAAAGGCUAACUCGAACCGAGCUCGACAGGUGAGCAAUCGCAUUAUACGGUGAUGACACCACACGGUAAUAAUACAUAUAGUAUGUACAAAGUAU